AAGUUUGUGUGAGCUAAAAGAUCAUGUAUCUGUUCGGACGAGUCGGUUUGUUUGUUGACAAUGUCAACUCAUUUUUUUACGACUGGAUGUCAUCAUCCCAAUAAUUAAGGAGCCACCCCAAUUAGCCGGAUACUCGAUACACAUCCAACUCGCUCGGCAGAGACUUCUCCCCCGAAGCCGACGACGGAUUCCACCACUCGCCCAUUACAGUUGACUUCUUUUACUGGACUGACUGACUGCAGUGUGAGGAAAUUUCUACGCCGACGCCAGAAGUAGGUGACGACAUCGAACCUGAAGAAGAAACAACAACGCUUCCACCACCACCGUCACCACCACCGCCGCUGUCACCAGGAAUAGACAAGAUGAGUAUCGAAAAAGUGUCCCUUCCGGACGCUUUGUCAAACGUUGACGUUCUGGAUGAACUCCCUUUGCCGGAUCAUCAACCAUGCAUAGAGGCGCAACCCUGCUCAAUCGUUUACCAGGCAAAUUUUGAUACCAAUUUUGAAGAUAGAAAUGGCUUUGUGACGGGAAUUGCAAAGUAUAUUGAAGAAGCAACGGUUCAUGCUGCAUUGAACGAUUUGUUGGAGGAAGGGACAGAGCAUGCAGUCAUGUUGUACACUUGGAGAUGCUGUUCUAGAGCGAUUCCCCAACCAAAAUCUAAUGAACAGCCGAAUCGUGUCGAAAUUUAUGAAAAGACUGUCGAGGUGUUGGCACCUGAAGUGAAUAAACUGCUAAAUUUUAUGCGGUUUCAACGAACAGCUAUUGAUCGAUUUUGUACCGAAGUGAAAAGAUUAUGCCACACUGAAAAAAGGAAGGAUUUCGUUUCAGAAGCGUAUCUUCUAACGUUAGGAAAGUUUAUCAACAUGUUCGCCAUUUUGGAUGAGUUGAAAAAUAUGAAGUCCAGCGUUAAGAAUGAUUAUUCUACUUAUCGACGAGCGGCACAAUUCCUAAAAGUCAUGUCGGACUCUCAAGCUCUUCAAGAAUCCCAAAAUCUGUCAAUGUUCCUCGCCACACAGAACAAAAUCCGAGAUAACUUGAAGGAAACACUGGAGAAAAUUACAAACUACGAAGACCUUCUUGCUGAUGUGGUCAACAUUUGCGUUACAAUGUUUGAGUCAAGAAUGUAUUUAACUCCAAGUGAAAAGCACAUGCUGGUGAAAGUGAUUGGGUUUGCACUCUACCUCAUCGACACUCAACAAUGCAACAUUUACAAAUUAGAUCAGAAGAAGAAAAUUAGACUGGACAAAAUUGAUAGAAUUUUCAAGAACUUAGAAGUUGUACCACUUUUUGGAGACAUGCAAAUUGCACCAUUCAACUAUGUCAAACGAAGCAAACAGUUUGAUGCCAGUAAAUGGCCACUGUGUACUGCACAAGGAACAUUAAGCGUCCAGGCUGACCUGAACAGAUAUUUGCCUCAAAUUCGAGAUGACCAUAUAAAAUAUAUUAGUGAACUUGCAAGAUAUAGCAACGAAGUUACCACUACAUUUAAAGAAACUCCUCGAACGGAUGCUGAAAAUGACGAAAUCGCAGAGCUGGCUAUUCGUGGCUUGCAACUGCUUUCAGAAUGGACAACCGUUGUGUCCGAGUUGUAUUCUUGGAAAUUGUUACAUCCUACUGAUCAACACCAGAAUAAGGAGUGUCCGGUUGAUGCUGAGGAGUAUGAAAGGGCCACCAGAUACAACUAUACCGAAGAGGAGAAAUUUGCCCUUAUAGAAAUAAUUGCAAUGAUUAAGGGUUUGCAAGUUUUAAUGUCAAGAAUGGAGACCGUCUUCUCUGAAGCAAUAAGGCGGAGUAUCUACUCAAAGCUGCAGAACUUUGUCCAAAGUAUACUCAGAGAACCAUUACGUAAAGCUGUGAAGAAUAAGAAGGAUUUAAUUCGAAGUAUUCUGGUAUCCGUUCGUGAAUCAUGUGCCGACUGGAUUCGAAGUUAUAAACCUGAAGAAGACCCUGCAAUGAAGGGAAAGAAAGACCCAGAAAACGGCUAUGACAUUAAGAUAGCUAAGCGAUGCGUUGGUCCAUCUUCGACACAACUAUACAUGGUCCGAACUAUGCUGGAGUCUUUAAUAGCAGACAAAUCUAGCGCAAAACGAACAUUAAGGAAAGAUAUUGAUGGCCAAUACUUGCUGGCGAUUGAAAACUUCCACAAAACUAGUUUCUAUUGGAAUUACUUGAUAAACUUUAGUGAAUACCUUCAACAAUGCUGCGACCUUUCACAAUUGUGGUACAGGGAAUUCUAUUUAGAAAUGACGAUGGGAAAACGAAUACAGAAAUGCAAGGUGCAGCAUCAGCAUAACGAGGAGUGUGUCUCUGACCUAAUAACAAUGGAGAAGAGGAUUCAGUUUCCGAUUGAGAUGUCCAUGCCAUGGAUUCUAACCGACCACAUUUUGAGAACCAAAGAACCAUCAAUGAUGGAAUAUGUGUUGUAUCCUCUGGAUUUAUACAAUGACAGUGCCCACUAUGCACUAUCCGUGUUUCGCAAGCAAUUUCUAUAUGACGAAGUCGAAGCAGAAGUCAACUUGUGUUUUGAUCAAUUUGUGUACAAACUUAGUGAACAAAUUUUUAUUUAUUAUAAACAGCUUGCUGCAAGUAUAUUAUUGGACAAGCGUUUCAGAGAAGAAUGUGCUAUUCAAGAAACUUACUUUCAGUAUCCUCGACCAAAUAGAUACGAAACAUUGAUGAAACAAAGGCAUGUUCAACUUUUGGGGAGAUCAAUCGACUUGAACAAGUUAAUCACACAACGAAUAAACGUCGACCUGUUGAAAUCUUUGGAAAUGGCAAUCACUAAAUUCCAAGGGAGCGAUCUAACCGGCAUUGUUGAGUUGGAAAGUCUCAUGAGUGUGAAUCGACUAACACACAAAUUAUUGAAGAAAUCUCUACCAGGACUUGAUGACUUUGAAUGGAUGUUACGAGAGGCUAACCAUAACAUACUAGCUCCUUAUGGGAGAAUUACCUUGCAUGUAUUUUGUGAACUCAAUUACGACUUCCUACCCAAUUACUGCUACAAUGCUGCAACUGGACGUUUUGUUCGAGCACUGGGGCUAAGUUUCGCUGAUCCAACACAUCGAGAGAAAGCUCCUCAGAUGGCUCAUCACUAUUUAUGGGGCUCAAAACAACUAAAUAUGGCAUACUACACCAUUUUUAGCCAAUAUGCAGGUUUCGUUGGUGCUCCGCAUUUCCGAGCAAUUGUGCGCCUGUUGGGUUAUCAAGGAAUUGCUGUUGUUAUGCAAGAAGUGCUCAAAGUUAUCAAAAGUUUAAUCACGGGAGGAAUAUACCAGUUUACAAAAACACUGAUGGAUGCUAUGCCUAAAAUAUGCAAAAUGCCGUUGUAUGACUAUGGAUCACCUGGAAUUCUUGGCUUCUAUCAAGAGAAUUUAAAUGACAUUGUACAAUAUCCCGAUGCAAAAAUGGAUUUGUUUCAGCACUUCAGAGAAGUUGGCAAUGCUCUUCUGUUUUGUCUCUUAAUUGAGCAAAGCUUGUCCCAAGAAGAGGUUUGCGACCUUCUUCAUGCUGCUCCAUUUCAAAACAUCUUUCCACGUCCAUUCUGCAAAGAGAACGAAAAGUUGGAAAAUAAACAAAAGCGUCUUGAACAAAAAUAUGCCGCACUCCAUAUUAUAGAAAACAUUGAGAAGUACGGUACAGAGAAGCAACGUAAUCUCGCUGCCGAUGGAGAUUUGUUAACGAAAGAGCGUCUAUGUUGUGGAUUGUCAAUAUUUGAAGUUAUUCUAAACCGGGUACGAGAGUUUUUAAAUGACCCGAUUUGGGUUGGACCUCCCCCAGCAAACAGAGUUAUGAAUGUGGAAGAAUGCACCGAAUUUCAUCGACUGUGGUCAGCUCUUCAGUUUGUAUAUUGCAUUCCUGUUGGUGAACAUGAGUUUACCGUAGAGCAACUGUAUGGGGAAGGGCUUCACUGGGCCGGUUGUGCAAUGGUCGUUUUACUGGGACAACAACGAAGAUUUGAGGCUUUGGACUUUUGUUAUCAUAUACUCAGAGUACAACGAGCUGACGGAAGGGAUGAAGUGGUCAAAGGAAUCCACCUGAAAAGAAUGGUUGACCGAAUCCGCCGAUUCCAAGUAUUAAAUUCCCAGAUUUUCGCAGUUCUCAACAAAUACCUGAAAGCCAGUUGUACUGAUGGCGACAUGCCCGUGGAACAUGUCCGGUGCUUCCAGCCUCCCAUUCACAAGUCUGUUGCUGAAGCAGCUGGAGCGAUGGGUCCAAAUCAAGGGACCAUGACCCUAGAUCGAAAUCAUUCACAGUACCAGAGGUCCGAGAUGAGAAAUAUUGUUGCAGGAGGACCCAUUCCAAGCCCACAGUAUUAAAUUGAAUGAUUUCCCUUCCUUCUACCAUCUCUUUUCCUCCGGUACGAACAAUAUUUGCUUCCAGUAUAAUAUUUAUUUAGUGUGUUUUCAAAAGUAACUUUUAUACCAUUCAUAUGAAACGUAUGUAGGAUUCUUUUCAUUAGUAGGUAAGACUAAAAAUUGUUUUAGGAUGUAGUUAGCAAAUUAUAUAUACUUCAAUUAAUGCCAUAUUGCUUUACUUUAGCCAAUUCUAAGGUAUUAUUAUUGGUUAUGUUAUGAAUUUAAAACAAUUGAUAAAAAGAAUUGACAGAAAGAAAGGUUUAAACCUGAUUGAAAUAUACAAGCGUUGAAAAUGUGGCUCAAAUUUUUAUGCAAUUAACCAUGCAUAGUUUUAAUAAUAAUGAAGCAUGUCCUGCAACUUUAAUAGGAGUAGUUUAGUAUAGUUAUGCCAUGCAUAUUUAAACCUAAAAAAAACAUUUAAAUCAUGGCUUAAUUGUACAUGCAAAUGUAGUAACUUAUGUAUGUCCCAUUAUGAACAUUUUUAUAUCACAAAACUGCAAUUUGUAUUUCUUUGUAUUUAGCAAAAUAAAGUUAAAACUUCUAUCACUUUA